CUGUUUGCCUUCCUGGGGCACGGGCCGAUCCUCAGGCUCGUCUGUACACCCAAGUACCCAUCCACGAAGCUCGUGUGUCGUCGCGCCAGUCGCAGUUCCUCUUUUUUUUCCUGAUCCGUAGUUACCCAAGUUGAGGGUGAGGUGCUUGCGGAUUUGUCGCGCGGAUUUCCGCUUCCGCGUGCUGUAUUGGAGCUACGCUCCCAAGGAGCGGCAUGCUCAACAACAUCACAGCCGGUUCCAUACACGGUAUUUCCGGGACGAAGGAUGCGCAGGAUCUGAAGCGGUACGAGAAGGAGCACGGCGUGCUGGGAGUGAACCUGGGCUCCGGUCUGUCCGCGGGCGGUGGUCUCACGCUGCAUCAGGAAUUGAUCAUGACCAUGCCCGGCACAGGAAGCGCGUCAGUGAUUGGGCAAGGCGAUGACAAACCCACGAAGCAGAAACGGCAUCGGACGCGCUUCACUCCGGCCCAGCUCAACGAGCUGGAAAGGUGUUUCGGCAAAACUCAUUACCCAGACAUCUUCCUGAGGGAGGAGAUAGCACUGAGGAUUGGCCUCACGGAAAGUCGUGUUCAGGUAUGGUUUCAAAACCGACGGGCAAAGUGGAAGAAGCGCAAGAAGACAACGAACGUGUUCCGGUCCACGGGAGCGCUGCUACCGUCGCACGGUUUGCCUCCCUUCGGAGCGAUGAGCUCGGAUUUGUGCGGCGCCGGAAUGUUCCAUACCCCUGCGGAUAGAUGGGGAAUGGGGACAGGUCUCGGACAGUUGCAGGGCGGCAUGGCGAUGGGCAGUUUCGGACAACUGGGCCAGCAAAGCACGGGAAGCCUGGGCUCCAGCCUGAGCCUCGGCAACUCGGGACUGCCGAUCAACACCCCGUCGCAAUCCGUUUACCACACCAGUUACGGACUCAAUUCUAUCGGUGGCGUUCACGUGUCGGCGUCUCGGGGUUCGCCGCCCGGCUCGUCGGUGGGUGGCCAGGCCGGGAUGGGUUCGGGUCUGAAUUGCGGCCAGGGUUCGCCGGGCACGACUUCCGGUACCGGUGGCAGCGGCGGUGGCGGCGGUGCCGGUGGUGGUGCCGGCGGCGGUGUCACCUGUGUGGGUGCCGACGUGAACGCGAACGAGUCGGACUGGAGAGGCGCCCACAGCAUCGCGGCGCUCAGACGUCGCGCCUCCGACGCUUCGCAACAGUACAGUCCGCAGCCCCCGCCGCCACCGCCGGGGCCACCCCAAUACACCCACGACAUGGAGUACAACUCUGUUUAUUGAGGCGUCGCUGGGCGAGUCCUCCGAACGAGUCCAGUUUCUACGGGGAAGAGAAUCGCCGGCUGGUGGGAGCUUACCUAGUGAUCCAUGAAACGAGUACUCCUUUCCGUUCUGUUUCCGAGAGCAAGCUUAACAAGCUGCGGCGUGACUUCCGGCGUGACUGUUUUUAUCGGAGAAGAGCGCGAGGGAAGAAUGCCCGAGAGAAAUUUAUCCGGCCGGGACCAUCGUGAAUUCGACGCCAAGUUGGCACAGCGAGGUCAAGAUCGACGGAGUGGUCAUCGAGCAGCGAUGGUCCGAAAUUAUUCUGCAUUUUGCAUUUAACAUAAAGCCAGCGCGCAGCAUACGAAGCAACGACGGAAUUAGAACGAUUUGGAGGAUAAUUCUGGAUAUUUCGACUCACAGGAAUGCAGCUGGUCAGCGAGGAUUCGUGAUAACCCGACUAUGUGCGAGAGGUUGAUGCAGCGCGCUGGAUUUCCACGGUCUCGAGGUAGCACGAAGCUGUCAAAAGAAACAUUGAUGAGGACAUGAGGGAGGACAUGAAAGGAGUACUCUUCUAUAAUUCAGCGCGGAGUUAAAAUCAGGGUAGAGGAUCGAAAUUUUGCUGGCAGCAUCGACAGCAAUUUGCGCAAUACUGAUUCUCGUCAUCGUAGCCUUUCCAGGACCAUCGUACAACACACGUCAUCGUACAGCACGCGUACAACGUAGACUACUGUUUCUGCAAAUGUGUCUUACUGAUGCUGAAACGCUGGGUUAAUCAUCGAUUUAACGUUAUAAAUAUAAGAUGAAUAGAACUAUUGAUGUACAUGGAGUUGUCGUACUAUUUAGGGUCUCAUUUGAAACCUCCUAAUUCGGAAUGUAAUAGAUAAAGAUUUUUGACGAGUAAUAUCCAGUCAAAUAUUUUCUAAAUUGCGAUAAUCAUGAAAUUUGUUUGACAUUUCGCGGAAAGAAUUGAACCGUUAGCAUGAAACUUAUUAAACCAAUAUUAUCGAAUUUUUUAUUUAGGUAAUUCAUAAAAAGUAAUGUUCUUUUUUUUGAAAUUCAGGUUUCUUCUAUGUUUUUGUGGCGGUUGAUGAGAAAUAAUUUGAUGAGAUAAGAACAAAAUUCGUUGAGUAUUGCAAAAGAUUUAUCCCGAUCAACGACAGCUCCAAAUAUUUAAUAAUGCCGAUGACAAAGCUGUUUUUACGAUCAAUUUUAUUAUAAUACUCCGAUUAUAAAUUCGCUGCUAUCGUCACGAAAUGUCGAAUCUUCGAUAAACUCAUAUAUGUACGAUUAUAACUUAAUUCGCCACGGUAUUGAGGACUGGUACUUUUUAUGAGUCAUUGAGCAGAUUGUUCUAGUGAUUACGCUGAGCUGUCGAUGAAGGAAAGAACGAAUUGUGAUCUGCGAAAGAUUUAGAAGUGUUAUGGCACGAAGGAUACCACACGAUAUGUGUCCUGAAGGAUAUAUUCGGAAGAUUGCCAUUGAACGAACGUGACCAGCUUUGCGAACGGUUGGCGCUGUGCGCUGGUAAAACAUCGGGGUGGCUGCUUCAUAUAUACAUAAAUAUUAAUAUGAUCACCGAUCGCCCGCGUCGGACGAUUUCAUUGGUUCUGUGUAUUCGUGUGUGUACGCGAGCGCGCGCGCGAUUAAUUUAUUUUCUCCAAAUCACUGUGAAAUCCAAUUAUGUCGUACUGAAUAACGCGAUUCAUCGUGGCUACAUGCUGCAGUCGUUAAACCCCCGCUCGUUUCGUUCUCGUUAAAGGCGUUUUGACGUCUACGCUUGUGCUAAGGAGCGUCGCGCGACGAGAUGCAGCCUCGCUAAUUGUAAAUUAUUUAACUACAUUUCCCGAGGAACAAGCUACGUGACAAACUGAUUAGGGUUAGCGCCACGUGGUCCUUAUUCGCGCACUUGCUUUUUCUCCUGCGAGCACUCGCCAUUUCGAUGAGGCGAAAAUGCGUACUGUAUUUCCAAGUCGUGGAGGAGAUCAAAGCGGAAAGCGUGGCGAGGUGCAAUGAGAUGUAUACGACAAGUUAUUAUAGUAUUAUAUAUAUAAAUAUAUACAUAUACACACAGACACACGGCAUUGUAAAUAUAGUAAAAAUAUUGACGUGAUAGGGUAUAAUAUUAUGAAUCAUUACGGAAAUUUAUCAUUUAUCACUCGAUUCGCGAAUGCGACGGAGCUCAGUCCGGCUUGCAAUUUAGCGUUCCACGAAAUUGUACGCGCAGGUUCGUAGUCUUGUUUCGAAAAUGGUAUUUCUUUUAACAAGGUCGCGGUGUUUCUUAUUACGUUCUCGUUUGCAUAUAAAUCAGUCGAAUCUUCUUGCUGAUGCUGGUUAAAAAAACCGUAAAAAUGAAAUUGUGGCUUGACAGCUAUGCCUGACUAAAAAUGUCAUCCGGUGGUUUCGUCGUGUUAAAACAGCUGUUCACUGAUUUACUUGCUGAACAAACAAGUCGCACGUUGGCGUGCGUAACGAAAAGCUAGUCUUUCUUGUCCCAACUUUGCGUUGCAGGCGAAGAUCGUGCGUGAUCUCGCAUGCAUGUAGGUAGACACUUAACUUAUCAUAUAAUAUUUUCGUGAGGAAAUUGCGUUUCGAAGAGGAUCCGUUUCUUUGAUCAAGUCCAAGACAGCAGUAGGGCGCGUUCGUGUUUGUCGCGUCUCGAGGUGCAUCCCGAUUCUCUCAAAGAUCAAUGUUUCGGUGAUGAAUAAGCGAGAGAGUUAGCAUACAUUCGUAUUACAUUCCUGAAGAAUUUUAUGGCACGUCACACACAAGUAUACGUUGUUCCGUUGCUGUCAUCGAAACGUAAAUUUUGUAAAUAACGUAUACGUCUAAUAACAAUAAUAACAAUAAUAAUAAUAAUAAUUAAUAAUAAUAACAACAACAAUAAUGAUAGUAAUAAUUAUUAUUAUACAACGAUAACAAUAAUACUAUAAUAUUAAUAUUAAUAAUAACAAUAAUAAUGUAAUAAGUAUGAUGACGUCAGCAUUACGAUCGGACGCGAGUAUACAUGGACAUUGUGAUAUAUUUCGAGCUGGCCGUUCAUUUUUUUCGACGGCGACACUGGUCCGGGGACGAAGGUAGUCCAAGCGGCCGGCAACCAGUGGUAGAUUCGCGAUCGACUGCGAAGAGUCGACUAUUCUAGUUACGAAUUUACGGUAGACUACACUAGGUAAACCUAAACGAUAAAUAUGGAGUAACAGAUAGGCAAUUGUCAGUGUAUCACUACGAACGUAUACGAUUUUUAAUGUACAAAAGUUAAAAAAGGGCGCGGAGAAGCGCGGUGGAGGCCUCUCCUCCACGGUCUCGUCCUGUCGUCCUGGGGACGGUGAAGCAGGACCUUACGAUGUUCAUCGGAGUGUUUGUGGUUCCUUAUUUUCGAAUGCUUCGUGCAAUACCUCGCCCUGCAUUCCUUUUAGCUCGUAAACGAAGAGAACUGUCGUAUUCUGUGAGCUUCGUCUCUCUGCAUGGUUGAAUUGACGCGUUGCUAGUCGCGAAGUAAUCUGGAAGACGCGGCGCGUAACUGUCUGCUUAUUCUUAUACGGAUGAUAUCGGAAUCGAAUGAAGUGGAACUGCGAAACCGCGAACGUCGUGAUGUAUCUUGACUUUCCCAGAAAAAAUAUAAAAAUUCUCGCUUAGGCGAAUGACCCAUGCGACGAACAUGCAUAUGCGCUCGCGUGAAUGAGACAGAAAUAAAAUUCGAGGUGAAAUUUGAUGAACGUAACGUGUAGAUAAUGAAGUAUCCGAUUUGACGAGUCAAAACCAGUUUCGCGAAAGAGGACAAUUAAUAUUCUUUGCUUUCUGCGCUAGCAAUGCGCCAACGUCCAACAUGCAGCCAACUGGACUCGUUCCUCUCUGUUCUUGGAUCGGAUGACUCGGUCCGAUCGGUGUCCUUGGUGAUCGUGAUACCUUCCCCUUUAAGCGAAGAACCAUUUUCUGUAUUUAUUUAAUUUAUCAUGCGUGUGUAGAUAGAUAUUUCGCGCGGCGAGCGGAAGUUGUUGGCAACCCCCGAUUCGCCGCGGGUGCGGGUGUCACUCCUCACAGGUGAUUUGUAACAUACACGGGCUCUGCUGAUCGUACGUUUAAGUGUUUCGCGCAGAAGGCAACUCGAACCGUACAGUCCGCAGACGCCACCCGAUUCAUCAGGUCCGCGUGGAUCGGAAGAGAAUCGACUGACUUUUAUCGCAUCUCUAUCACAAAUCAUUAUCGUCGACGACCUUAAUUAGCGGUAAAUAGGCAGAACUUUAAUUUUCAUCGUUGUAUAGUUUGUGUAUAGAGGUCAACUAAAUGUGUAAAAUAAAUCAUUAUCAAAAUAU